AAUCAGUGCGCUCGCGCAGCCAUGCGGGGCGCAGCGCUCGUUGCGCUGCUCCUCGCGGCCGAGGCCUUCCUCCAGCCGCGGCGGCCAGGCCCCACCACGGCCCUCGCGGCCCGCAAGCGCAGCCAGCGUAGCAAGGAGAAGGGCAGCGCGGACCACUCGUCCGUCGACGACUGGACGGGCCGGCGCCGACGGCGCAUCCGCGACGACGUCGAGGCCGCGCUAGAUGAUCCGAACUGGUUCGGCAACAGGGGCGAGGCCUACGAGGCCGCGGGCGACGACGACCCGAUGGCCGGCUGGUUCGACGAGGAGUCGAUGGUCGCCGACGGCAUGGGCGCGGGCCGCGCGCGCGCGGUCAUGGCGCGGCGGCGCGCCAUCGCCGGCAUCGGCCGGCCGUCGGCGUCGGCGCUCGAGGUCGAGGGCGCGCUCGAGAGUUUCUCGACGCUCGCCGAGGGGAGCCCGUCCUACGUGUACGACGACGAGGAGGACGAGGAGGACGAGGACGAGGAGGACGAUGAGGACGCGGUAUCAGAGUUCUACAACGCGCCUGUGGCCGCCGCCGAGGAGGACGUCGAGGAAAUACCUCCUCUAGUAACGUCGUCGAGGACGUCGUCGCCGACGCUCGAGGCGGCGGACUUCGCGCGACCGGCGCCGGACACGAAGGUGCCGGGCCUGGACCGGCGCUGGUGCACGGCCGUCGCGGCCGGCCCGUUCGCGCGGUACGCCAAGUUCUUCCUCCGCGAGUUCGGCGUCGAGCAAGCAUUAAAUGUUGACGACGUCGAGAUUUCGGAUGGAGACGAGGAGGCACAAGCGCUGGAACGGGCGGUGUACGUCUCCGAGGCGACGGGCCUGCCGUGCGUGGCGGAGUUCACGGUGCUCGAGGUCGAGGCGCUCGAGGCCGGCGCGCGGGAGCUCCUGCCGCGGGCGGCGGCGGCGUACCGGGUGCCGAACGUCGAGGAGGCGCAGACGACGCGGCUCCUCGAGCGCCUCGCGACGGUGUCGCCGGGCGAGCGGCGCACGCGCUUCGUCGCCUGCUGCGCGUUCCACGACGCGGCCAAAAACGCGUCGCUCGCGGCGCGCGCGGAGACGCGCUGCGACCUGCGGUCGGCGACGGCGCUGACGGCCAUGACCGCGCGCACCGAGGCGUUCCAGGGCGUCCUCCAGGCGCUCUGCGAGGACCUGUGUGGGAAUCAAGCGUAUCUGGUGCACGUGGUCGCUGGCUCCGUCGAGCGGUGAGGAACUGGCACACCGCCACGCCAUCGAGCAGGCGUCGCAUCGAUGGCGUGGAGGUCGACGCGACGAUUCAGCCCGAAGGCACCGUGAAAUUUUGAUUUCCGCACAGGCGAGGACCCGCGGGAGGACAAGGCAGUCGAAGACUUGACGUUCGAGUUCUUCGAGGCGCGGCGUGAGCGGGCCCUCGCGGGGCCGCGGCCGGCGGCGCCCGGCGCCGAGGCGUUCCGCGAAAGAUUGCGCAACGAGGCUCGUGUGCUCACGAACGGGAACGUGGACGUCUCGGCCUUCGUGGGUUCGGUCGUCGACGUGGCCUUGUUGGACGAGGCGGCCGCGGAGCUGCGGCGGCGGCUCGGGCCGGACGUCACGGACGCCGCCACGAAGAUCCUCACGACGGGCGUGAGCGGCCAGCAGCUGGCCCUGCCGCUCGCGCGGCUCAUGAGCGUGCCGCUCGUCGCCUGCCGGCGCGAGGCCGCCGGCGCGGGCGCGGUGGCGAAUGCCAUGGGCAGGGGUGCGUAUGCGGACGCGCUCGACGUGACUUACAGAUCCAAGCACUACGGCCCGGGCCAGCAGCUGUACCUGCCCCGCGACGCCCUAAGCGAGGACGACGUUGUGCUCGUCGUCGACGAUUUUCUAGCUUCAGGAAGCUGCCAGGAGGCCAUGUUCCGCUUGGUCGCGCGGGCGGGCGCGCGGCCCGCGGGCCUGGCGGUCCUCGUCGAGAAGACCUUUGACGGCGGACGCGACUUCCUGAGCGCGUGGCCCGUGCCCGUGGCGUCGCUCGCCGCGAUCGUCUCCGUCGACAACGGCUACAUCGAGCUCCUCGAGGAGGACGACUCCUUCGACGAUGUGGGGGUGCUGGACUUUGGGGACGCGGAGGACGACACGGUCUUCGGCCUUGACUUUCUGCCGGUGGGGGGCGACCCCUGA